AUGACGACUCCGCCAAAUCCCUGGAGGUUGGGAUACUGGAGCUACUUGAACAACACAGCAUAUCAGUGGGCUAAUUCAGCCCAACCCUGUGCGGGAGGGAAUCACAGAGGGAAGUAUUGUUUUAGGGAAUUAGAUCUGGGCCAGGGACACUCCCUGGCUACGUUAAGUCAGUGGAUAAGUUCGGGGAUCAAGAACGAGCCUUCCAACUGGACAGGGGAGGAGGAGGAAGCAGCCAAACAACAACUGGUGCCCAAAAAAGGAGGAGGAAGGGGAGGAGGAGACACCUGGGGUGAUUUGAUGAGUUGUAUAAUAGAGCAACUAGAGAGAAGAGCAAAAAGCUGUGAACACCAAAAGCAGACCACCAGAUGUAGGGGAUGGAAUAAGGCAGCCUGGAAAGGCGUCUUAGGCGAAGUCGGUACUCCACAAUCUUGGGAGCAGCAUUCGUAUGGGAAGAGAGUCUUAAGGGCAUUAUAUUGUAUAGCGGUGGGAUUACAGCAUAAUUUGGCAGCAGGGGACCAGACGCAGUUGAACGAAUAUAGAGACAAGUGUGGAAAAGUGGCAGACAUGCUGAGAGUGACCAAAGGGGAAUGGAGCAAAGCCCUAACACGCGACAUAUUAAGGAUCCCAGAAGAUGCAAACAAGUGUUACAGUGGAAGGAAAACAGAAGGUUGUGGAGCCUUAAGUUUAGGAUUAAUACUGAAUGUGGCUGAAGCAUUAAAGGAGUGUUUAGGUGGCAAUACUUCGUAUGAAAUAAGUGGCUGGUUGGACAAAGAAGUACUGACUCAAGGAGCUUCGGAUAACUAUGAAUAUGACCAGGAUGGAUCACUUAGCCUAAGCACAAACCACCAAGUUUCAAGAAUAACAGUGACAAAGGAAAAGUUGGGGAAGUAUUUAUCAGGAACUGUAACUUCAGUGGUGAGUUCAAGGGACGGACUUUCCCUCAACGAAACUCCAGUCGUGCCAGAGGCCAAAAAUGCAAAACAACCAGCAGUUUCUCCCGGAAAAGAAGACGUAGAGCAAGAGGGAAGAACGCAGCCGGAAAGAAAGGCUGAAAAUUCAGCCACAUCACCCUCAGCAGACUUAUCUGAACCCGAAAAAUCACAGGACCAACUCCAGAAGUCUCAAAUCCAACAGCCCGGGGAAACUUCAAACAGUGCAAGUUCUCCUCAAUUGGUUACACCAGGGGGAGAAAGUCAUGGGCAGGAAACAGAAACGAGUCAAAAUCCAAGCCGCGCCAAAGAGGAGAAACCUAAAGAGGAAAAGCACCAAGCAGAAAUCACAGCCAAGGCAAAUAAGGGCUCUGAGCAAUCAAUAACGAAAGAUUCGACCCAAGAAGUGGAAAAUACCAGUCAUUAUUCAACUGAUCAAUCAGGGAGUGGAAUGAUAGGUGGCAUAGUAGGGGGCCUGGUGGUCUUGGUGCUUGGAGCCGUGGCGACAUAUGGAGGCUUGAGGAUCUUUGGACGUCCAAAAGCGGGCGGUCGUAAAAUGAGAAGACAGAAGGAGGCUAAGGAAAUUCUGAGUAAGAGGACGCAGGACGGCAAUUACAAGAAAUCUUGCUCUCCAACAAGGGACCAGCUCCUUCACGUGAGUCUUUUAGCCCCCAUACUUCACGCAGUCUUGAUCAAUAGGAUGAGUUGGGAUCAAAACGAGGAGGAGGAUACGAACCCCUUCCCCCAACACCACGAAUUGGUAUGA